CGCAACCCCCCACCCCACCCAGGACGCGCCAGGCUGUGAGUGAGCGCUCGAGAGUAUUUCCACCGCACGAGAGAGUGAAAUACAACAGUCAAACCGCAGAAAGAGAGAGAGAGGGAGACACACACACAUCGGCACAACCGGAGCAGCUUUUCAAUGAAUUACACAGCAGCAACAUGCGCUUCACCGCCACGCCUGCCCUGAACAUCACAGCAAACUAGGAUACAAGGUCCCCCGGCGGGCUGGUUCCUCUCUGUGUUCAAUCACCUCCUUUAUUUCUUCUGCUCUGAACUCCAGAAGCCUUUUGAGGGGUGAGAUCAUGGCACCGUUUUCCUCUCGACGCUCUUCCAUCCUCUUUCUGAGUCUCGUCCUCGUCCUUUCUCUGCCCCCAUCCUGUUCUCCCGAAUCCCAGCGCGAAGAACCGUCUCUCCCGCCCUCCUUCGCUCCUUCAGCGUUUCCCUCAGAGCUCUCCUAUAACGUGAGCGAUGACAGCGAUGGACCCGUUCCUAAAAAAAAGUGCAGCGAACCUGUGGAGUGCAAGCCUGGAAUCGUCCUUCCCGUUUGGAUGCCUGUCAAUCCCAGUCUCGGAGAGCAGAUCAUGCGGGCCGUCAUCUAUUUCGCCGCGCUCAUGUACAUGUUUCUGGGAGUGUCCAUCAUCGCCGACAGAUUCAUGGCAUCCAUCGAGGUCAUCACGUCACAGGAGAAAGAAGUGACCAUCACCAUGCCCAGCGGAGAAACGUCGGUGGCCACUGUGAGAAUCUGGAACGAGACUGUGUCCAAUUUGACCCUGAUGGCUCUUGGAUCCUCCGCCCCUGAAAUUCUCCUGUCAGUCAUUGAGGUGUGUGGUCAUGGUUUUAAGUCCGGUGAGCUGGGUCCAGGCACCAUUGUGGGCAGCGCUGCCUUUAAUAUGUUUGUGAUCAUUGGAAUCUGUGUGUGGGUGAUUCCUGAAGGCGAGGUGAGGAAGAUUAAACAUCUGAGAGUCUUCUUCAUCACCGCGUUCUGGAGUAUCUUCGCUUACAUCUGGCUCUACCUGAUCCUGGCUGUCAUCUCACCUGGAGUCGUAGAGAUAUGGGAAGCUCUUGUCACUCUCUGCUAUUUCCCCGUUUGUGUAAUCCUGGCGUGGAUCGCUGACCGGCGCCUCCUUUUCUACAAGUACAUGUCCAAACGCUACCGUGCCGACAAGAGAACAGGUGUUGUUGUUGAGACAGAGGGGGAGUUGACCCCCAAAGGGAUGGAGAUGAUGAUGGACGGCAAGUUUCCACUGAGGGGUGGAGCCAUAGGGAUCGGCACACAGGAACAUUACCAAGAUGGGACCGGCAAUACAACAGGCACCAUGGCAACUCUACCCAACUCCAACAGCACUACCGUUUACAUGGAAGGUGCCAAGGAGCUGGACGAGAGCCGUAAAGAAGUGAUUCGUAUCCUGAAAGACCUGAAGCAGAAAUAUCCAGAUAAGGAGCUGGAUCAGUUGGUAGACUUGGCCAACUACUACGCCCUCCUUCAUCAGCAGAAAAGCCGUGCCUUUUAUCGUGUCCAGGCCACGCGCAUGAUGAUCGGGGCCGGUAAUGUGCUGAAGAAGCACACGGCGGAUCACUCUCGCCGCACUGUUGUGGUGGGCGGCAACGAGCCUCUGGAGGAGACCGAUCUGGCCGUCUGUAGCCACAUCUCCUUCGAGACGGCGUCUGUCCAGUGCAUGGAGAACUGCGGCACCGUCAUGAUACCUGUGGUGUGCCGAGGAGGCCUGGGGGAGAGCACUUUCUACAUCGACUACUGUACAGAAGAUGGCACCGCCAACGCUGGAUCAGAUUACAAGUACUGCGAAGGGACGCUGGUGUUCAAACCUGGAGAAACCAGGAAAGACAUUAAGGUGGGAAUCAUCGACGAUGACAUCUUUGAGGAAGACGAACAUUUCUUUGUGCGUUUGCUGAAUCUGCGUAUCGGUGAUGCGGAGGGCAUGUUUGAGAGUGACGACACGGAUCAGGGUCCCAAGGCCCGGCUGGUGGAACCGCUGAUGGCUACGGUCACCAUCCUGGACGACGACCACGCGGGGAUCUUCACUUUUACAGACCACCUGGUGCGAGUGAGCGAGAGCGUGGGCACCAUGGAGGUGACGGUGGUCCGGAACUCUGGUGCCCGCGGAACCGUGAUCAUUCCGUACCACACGGAGCCCGGAACGGCCCACGGGGGAGGGGUCGACUACGAGGACACACGCGGGGAGCUGGAAUUCGCCAACGACCAGACAACUCAGACCUUUCAGGUGAGGAUCAUUGAUGAUGAAGAGUACGAGAAACAUGAGAAUUUCUUCAUCGUUCUUGAGGAACCUCGCUGGCUGAAGAGGGGCAUCUCAGCCCUGCUGCUGAACCAAGAGGAUCCGGAGGCACAGUUGAGCGCGGAGGAGGAGGAGGCCAGGAAGAUAGCGGAGAUGGGCAAACCUGUUCUGGGGGAGCACAGCCGGCUGGAAGUGGUGAUCGAGGAGUCCUAUGAAUUUAAGAGCACCGUUGAUAAACUGAUCAAGAAGACUAACCUGGCGCUGGUCAUCGGCACUCAUUCCUGGCGAGAGCAGUUUGUGGAUGCAGUGACCGUCAGUGCAGGUGAUGGAGACGAUGACGAAGAUGAGGGUCGAGAGGAGCGUCUCCCGUCCUGCUGCGAUUACGUCAUGCACUUCCUGACAGUGUUCUGGAAGGUUCUGUUCGCGUUCGUUCCGCCCACGGAGUACUGGAACGGAUGGGCCUGUUUCGUGGUGUCCAUCAUUGUAAUUGGCCUCCUCACUGCUGUCAUCGGAGACCUGGCGUCUCACUUCGGCUGCACUGUCGGCCUUCGCGACACCGUCACCGCAGUCGUGUUCGUGGCUCUGGGCACUUCUAUCCCAGACACAUUCGCCAGUAAAGUCGCCGCUACUCAAGAUCAGUACGCAGACGCCUCCAUCGGAAACGUCACCGGCAGCAAUGCCGUCAACGUGUUCCUGGGCAUCGGCGUGGCCUGGUCUGUGGCGGCCGUGUACUGGGCCAUCAAGGGCAAGAGUUUUCUCGUGGACCCCGGAUCCUUGGCCUUCUCCGUCACACUCUUCACUAUCUUUGCCUUCGUCUGCAUGGGUGUACUACUGUUCCGGCGCCGGCCGUCAAUCGGAGGAGAGCUGGGCGGCCCUCGUGUCUCGCGCAUACUCACUACACUCCUCUUUCUGGGCCUGUGGUUCCUCUAUAUCCUCUUCUCCAGCCUUGAGGCCUAUUGCCACAUCGAGGGCUUCUGAACGGCUUUGCAGAGAGAGAGAGAGAGAGGUUCUGAGGCUCGGAGCCAAGAAGCUACACACAUCAACACAAAUUUGCACACACACUUACAAAACACGUAUAUUUGGUGAGUCGUUGAAUACAAGGAUCGUUCAAAUUAGAUGCAUCCAAGAACCCUGGUAGAGAAUUUGAGGUGGAAGAAGUUUAGAGAAAAACAACAAGAGAUGGACGAUGUUUGAGAAGGAGUUUAUGAAUGCAAAGCAUGUAGCAAAAUGGAAAGAAAGAAGAAAAAAGAGUGUAAAGCACUAAAACAAAAGAGGGAGCGAUGAUGUCAAAUAGUCUUUUCGUCUCUCGAGCUCAUGGGCAGAACUGACGACUUUUGUUUAGCACUGCAGACAUUGUGACAUAACAGGCUUUUUACGGUUCAAGGGCACAAUACAUCAGAAACGCCAACUAUAGCGAUGGCACUUUAGAUGCUAAUAAAAAUGCCCAGUAAUAGAGCAGCAGUUUUGCUUGGGCUGUGUGCAUCAUUCUUUAAGAUCGCUGCUUGACAGAUCGCACAAUAUGACUCAAGAUAGAUGUAAAAUGCGCGUCACAUUAGACUUUCAAGCAUGCAAAAUGACUUUAGACCCUGCCUGCAAUGACUAUGCACAGCAGGAUAUGAUGUCAGGCUCUAGGGCGUCUUGUUUUAAUAAGUAAUAAAAUAUAAAUAACUGAUAAUACCACCUAACAAAUUAAAUUGAAAUGGUACUGCACAGCUAAUGUUUCAGCUUGAGUGUUGAUGUCGGACUGCUCAUUCAUCAGAGCCAACGCUAAUUUAAUUUUAUAGUGACGUGACAGGAAUGCGAAAUUACAAAAAUAUUGUCCGGAAAUCAGACUUAGCUGUUUAUUAGUGAUGAUGAGACACUAAGCGAUCAAAGACUAUACUUGUGUUGUGCCCAAAAUCAAAAAUUGGCAAAAUAGUGGCCGCGUCAGCUCAUGGACGGAAGAAUGAUUGAAGAAGGAUCUAGAAAGUUACAGGCUCAAUAUUCUGCUAGUGGAUCCAGAUAUUUUCAUUUAGUUUUACAUGAACACUUGUUCAACGUCUCACACACAGUGUCAUGACUGAAGUGGAACACUGCCCUCUGUGACAUCAUAAGGAUUUGAAUCUUCAAUUGUUACAUUCAUUCCGCGCUUUCUGCUGCCUAGAGACAAUGGAACUCUCUCGAUGACAUCAUAAUGAUUUGAAUCUUCAAUUGUUCAUUCUGCCCAGAGACAAUGGAACUCUCUCUAUGUCCUACGCGUCCUAUGUCAAGAAGUGUCAGUGUAAAAAUCCCAACCGGAAGACACCCCGCCGUCAUCUCCAUAUCUCCAAGCCUAUACUGGGAUGUGCGUGAAACUGACUUCCUCUCUUUAGAAUCAGACCACAGCAGUGUUCAGAGUACGCUAAGAAUAAAAGACGUCUCCAUCGAAUGGAGUUCAGUCCAGUCAAAGUAACUGAGAGUUUAUCUUCUUCUUAAUACAGGUGCAAAUCACGUUUAUUCGAUGCAUCCAAGUUCUCGUAACAAAGAUUCGCCAUUGUGUAAACCUGUCUGGGGCUUCUAACAAUUUAAAGAGCUGCGCAUCGAUUGGUUCUUCAUGAUCUCAUUAUGCGUGGUGCUGAAAGCUGAUUGGUCCUUGAAUCGUCUGGUCCCUGACAGAUUCACAAUAAAAUGUUGUUUACUCGUAGAGCACUCAGGAUUGUGUGUGCGUGUACGUUAAGGGGAUUCUAACCGUUUUUAUGUCGUCGGCCCAUCUGUCCGGUCUGUAGAUGUUUGUAAAAAGCUGUGUGACGUGUGUAUCUGUGCUAGUCAAUCGAAAUGCAUGAUUGAGUUCAUAUUGGCGGAUCUAUAGUGGCAUGCGUUGACUCUGAAGACAUGCAUGAAUUUGAAGUUUACAAUGUUUGAACGAUUCUGCGACUACAAUGAUGGCUGCCAGAUCUCUUAUGAUAUUUUAGUGUGAGAUCAGUACUUAAUUACGAAGAUUUGAUUUAUUGAAGAACAGAUCAGGAUUUCUUCUUAUUUUCAAGAAUAAAAAAAA